UCAGCUUGAGAUUUUGCAGUCUGAGAUCAACAUGGAAACUUUCCCGAACAUCACGUCCUCUCCCAUCAUCUUCCUGCUAACUGGCGUUCCUGGGCUGGAAGCCUUCCACACCUGGAUCUCCAUCCCUUUCUGCGUCCUCUAUGCAACCGCCCUGUCAGGGAACAGCCUGAUUCUCUUCGUCAUUAUCACUCAGCCCAGCCUCCACGAACCCAUGUAUUAUUUCCUCUCCAUGCUGUCUACCACUGACCUCGGGCUGUCCAUAUCCACACUGGUCACCAUGCUGGGGAUAUUCUGGUUCAAUGCCAGGGAGAUCAGCUUCAAUGCCUGCUUGUCACAGAUGUUCUUUUUUCAACUUUUCACUGUCAUGGAAUCCUCCGUGCUGUUGGCUAUGGCCUUUGACCGUUUUGUGGCCAUUUCUAAUCCUCUUAGGUAUUCUUCUGUCUUAACUGAUGUUAAAAUAGCACUGAUCGGAAUAGCAAUCAUCAGUCGGGGGACAUUGGUACAGAUUCCUUUGGCGGUGCUUCUUAAAAGACUGUCCUUCUGCCGCAGCCGUGUGCUGCACCAUUCUUACUGCUUCCACCCGGAUGUGAUGAAGCUCUCUUGCACAGACACCAGGAUCAACAGUGCAGCUGGGCUGGCUGUUCUCAUCACCACUGCUGGGGUGGACUCAGUGUGUAUCGUCCUUUCAUAUGUUUUGAUCAUUGGGACUGUCCUCAGCAUUGCCUCCCCAGAGGAGAGGAGAAAAGCUUUCAGCACUUGUAUCUCCCAUAUUGGGGCUGUGGCUGUGUUCUACAUUCCACUGAUCAGCCUGUCCUUUGUUCACAGAUUUGGGAGACGAGCCCCACCUUAUGUACAUACUCUGAUUGCCAAUGCCUACCUUCUGAUGCCUCCUGUAAUGAACCCCAUCAUCUACAGUGUGAAGACCAAGCAGAUACGCAAGGCUGUGCUGAAAGUUCUCCAUUCCAGAAUGACAAAGAUCUAGAGCUUGCUUUCUUCUCAAAUUUUCUAGUCUUGUUCCUUGUGUGCUUGAAUGGCAUACAACAAUGCCAUUUAGCAAAGUUACAGUGUUUAGAGUGAUACUUAUUUUGAAAUUUUUCCAAAUAUAGCUAGUUAUAUUUAUGUUAUGAUAGUUAUGACAUUGAAUUAACAGAUUAUAUAAGUGGGAGACACUCAAAAAUAUCAGUACAUCCUUAAAAUAGUUAAAAUGAUAAUGCAAUUAAAUCUUCUCUAUGAACAACAAUCUUAUCUUUAAAAUUAAAGUUUUAAAUGACCUAGAUAACAAUUACCCAGUUUAGAUUUCAAAUGUGAAAUUGCUUUGUGCUUUUAAAAAAUGAAAAAAGUCUAUUUACUGAUUUUUAUUUGUUCUUUACUGAGAGAAACAUAAUCACUCCUUUCACAAAUGAGAAGAAAAAGUGUAUUAAGGUUUCAAACUACCAAAACUCAUCAUCUAAAUUUACCACAGAUGACACACAAUGUCAAUGUUACUUACAUUUUGCAAAUAUUUUAACUUUUCUUCUUAAUCUCUGGCAUUCCUGGGCAUCUUUAUUUACAGAUAGUAUCAUUAUCAAUAAAUGUAUCAUUGUCUUUCCAGCAAAUUUAACUUAUUUGCUUAAGAAUUUGCCCUUUCUCCUAGAUGUUUAGGAGAGAUUUUGAAAAAUAACACUUUUAAUUCAACUUCAAUCUGUACUUUCUUUGGUAGUACAAAUAUUAUGGUUAGACUCUAAUUCUGUUAUUGUUUUGAGAAAAUAAUCAUCUUCUGCUGAAAGGGAAAUUAAAAUUUUAAAUAAAAGCCUGCCAAGAAAUCCUGCCAAGGAUGUCUUCCAAAAAUGGGUGGCCUCAUAAUGGAACAUUUCCUUUUGUGACCCAUGAUUGCUUAACUGAUGGCCUUGCAACAUAACUUGAGAUGUUUAAGCUCCCUUGACAACCCACAAUGUCACCCAACCCUCCAAAUAUAACAUGAAAUCUACCUUUGUGUCUCCUCCUUGCUCUCCCUAUAAAAGACCCAAAACCCUGCUUGGCAAGGCUAACUGUUUGGGAGAGAUCCCAGUUAAACCCACCAGCAUGAUAAACUGCCUCUUAAAUCUCCUCAGUGCUAUUUCUUCCUGUGUUCUGUCUGUUUUCCAUAGCACAAUUGAAUUAAUAGAAAAUAAAUAUAGAGAUAUUUUAUAAUAGUGCUCUACUUGGAAAUUCUCCCCAAGGAAAUAUGAAUGCCAAAAACCACCAGACUUUAGAUUAUAAGAUAGAACCAAACCAGUGAUGAAUACAGGACUAAAGAAACUCAUCUGUGUUGCUUCCUUUCCUACUUUUUCUGAAUUCAUAUAUUAAUCUACAUAAACAGCACUUAGUGGUUUUAUGAGUUUCCCUUCCUUUAUUUAAGAAUGUAUUUAGUCAAGAAAUUUUAAAUAACUACAAAAUGCUAUAGACACACCCAGUUAGAAUUAAACCUUGUGCUAAAAGGUCUAUAUAAGUCUAAGAAAGAAAGCAUUUGCAUGUAACUCAACUUGGUAAACUUUAUACCAACCUCACAAUGAAUAGGCGGCAUCUAAGAUUUGUGUGCAAUAACUGUCUAAGGCUGUGCACCAGCAGAGCAUUUCUUGCAUGUUUAAGGGGAGAAAAGAAGAAAAGCUCUUAUCAGUGGAUUCGUAUCACGCAUCUGAGUUACAGUUUAAUACGAAGUCCUUUGUGAUUCUGAGGAGUGAAUUCCAUCUGAAAGUGCCCAUCUUCUGAGUUUGAGUCCUGACUCUAAAUGAUCCAUUCUCAAACCUGAUGAUGUACUGGAAUACACAUGACAGUAUCUUCUUAUUUUAAGUAUAAGACUUUGAUCUGGGAGGAACCACUAUGAAGAUUCUAUGUUUUAAUCAUCAUAAAGUUUUCUCUGUGUUCUCAAGGCACAAAAAAAGGAAGAAACUUCCUGUAGUUAUCACUGCGGCAUUAUUUCUGUUUCCUCUGGGUCUCUUCAGGCCUUCAGUGCCUGUUUAUGUAAAGCUCUCAUACCAAGUUUGAAACAUCAAAACGGAUUUAGCAGUCAUUAUUGAUACCAGCUCUAGCACCUUUAAUCCUGUUCUAAAUAGCCUGUCUUUCUGCUGCAGUUAUGUGCUCCACCAUUCCUGUUGAUUUCUCCCCGAUGUGAUGAGCUUUCAGCAUAGUUUGCCAAUAACACUUAAUUGUAAACCUC